UGUUUUUGUGUUGUCACAAAAUUUGAAUUUGAUCCGAAUUCAAUGCCCUAUACAAACAUAAGAUGAUCUUUAAAUCCAGCUAUAGGUAGCUGUUCUGGAACUAUAGUUAUGAGUGUUUGGCUGAAGAGCGUCGGUGACGCGUGGGGGAAACGACGCAGAGAAAGGAAGAAAAUAGAAAUUUACACUUUAAUUUCACGACUUUAUCUCCUGCUACCUGUGAACAGCCAUAUACCACGAGUUAAUUCUGCCUUCUGAUCGAUCGGUUUUUCUUCAUCAUGCACCUAGACGCCAGGAGGAUCAAUAUGUCGGCCAAGCGAUCACAAUCGACGUCAGACCUGGUGACAGCUAGUACUGGUGUAUCAGACACAUUAAAAUUCAAGGUAUAUAGAUACUUAUCAACCAUGAUUAACGAUAAUGAUAAUGAGGAUGAGGAUGAUCUUGGGGGUCUCCCUAAGCAGACGGUUGGUACAUUAAAAGCUGCAGACGGGGGUAUCACUAUCCCAGCGUCUGUACCAGGAUUCCAUUUUGCCAAAGCUACCGCAUAUAAACUCAGUCGAUCAACUCCUGACAUUAGAAGCAGCAAUAAUAAGGAAACCAAAGCCACAGAUGAAUUGAAACAGAAGAAACCAAUCAAGUCAAAACAGCGGCGGUUUAGAUCACGCCAGCAAAAUGAGAAAGUAGGACGUAACCAUGGUAAUCAGACCCUAGAAAGUACUAAAUCUCUGGGAACUGGGAGUAGGUAUUAUAGAGGUCGCGACGCGUUUUUCAAGCUUGACAGGCCGCGUUCUGCUCCCGACGUAAGAGAUCCGGAAAGUUACCAUGGAAAUAGACUCUGGAGAAAGCCUCCUGCAUUUUGGCAUUCAGAUACAGACCGAUCUACGUCGUCUUUAGAAAAAAACAAGACAUUUUUCUUCAGCGAGGAGUUACUUUACCACGAGACUGAGAAGGCAGAUGACAAGAAAAGAGAAGAGGACACGCCCCCAGGAGAGGUAGCGUCAAAAAUAUGUACAGAGCCUGAGAAAAACGAACAACCAAAACACACGGAAAAUAAAAAUACUCCAGAUUCCUCUCAACAAAAAUAUGACCACCCCGGUGCUGGACACGUCACUGUGGUGACAAUAACACCAAAGCAUACAGGCAAGCCUGACCAACCCUCUGUGAAAAUCGAAUACAGGGAUCAUUCAAGGCCUCAGAAAAUUACUGGGUUAUCACAGAAGACAGAAAACAUAAAGAAAUCCAAUGAAUUUAAGCCGAAGUCUUCUGAAGACAAUUCUAGAAAUGUUCGAUUGAGGAGGGGAGAGAGGGUCAGUGACAACUCUAAAAGCGAAUUCAUCCGGAAACACCCGAAAAAAACUGACGCCGUGAUUCAGCAGCCGAGAGAAAAUUUGCGAGCAGAAGAGAAAAACAAAAGACAGCAAAUUUCACGUGGAGAAUUAGAAGCUUGGACCUCGCGGCGACGCCGUAAACGUCCCGACAACGCCAACGUCGCCGGGUCCCCGCCGUCACAGACAUCAGUUUCCAGCUCAGCACUACGCCGAAGACGUAUGGAGGGCAGGGAAUAUCGUGUCGUUUACCUAGGAAACUCUACGCUGACCCAUUUCUCUACAGGGCUGGGUGCAGUUCAGAAGGCCCUUCGGGAGGUGUACAUACAGUACAGGAUGGCCACUGGUAAAGCAUCGUCGCAGGAGAGAACAGUGAAGGUGAAUACGGAAGGAAUUAGCGUCUUAUUCAAUGACGGACCCAAGGCGCGUGAGAUCCGCUACCCAUUUUCUUCCAUCCCUUUCAGUGCUGCGGUACGCUACAUUCUAAGAAAGGACAAAACGGGGAAGAAACUUGAAGGUUGUUUCGGUCCAGUCGCCCCUUCGUCGUAUGUUACCAUAGACAGACUUAUGACAGCAGUGGAUAAAAAACACAAUUUUUUGGCCCAGCUUCACCAUCCGCCUAUGGUAGUGUGUGUUAUGCGAAGAAAUAAAGGUCUCCGGGCCUUGGAGUGCCACGCCUUCCUGUGCAGCAACGAGGAUGAUGCACGAAACCUUGCGUUCGAUCUUCAACCCGACUCCGAGUCCGUCAGAGACACUCGCUUUGCAGAUUAUCCGCCUCCAGUCUCUAAUGAAGAGAACUAUGGGCCCACACACAACGUUAAUCGUCAUCAUUCUGCCGGCUCUCAUCAUCACGCAGCAGUCACAGCUGGCGACCAAAGGAUGCUCUACGCUCCUGAAGUCAGGCAUUCAAUAUCAACGGCACGCCCUCAGCACCAUCUGCUGUCAGGACAUCAGCAGCAACAGCAGGGCAUGCCUGAAGAGUCUCACCUGAGAAGACUGAAUAGUCAACAACAGCAAAGCCCAUUACAGUCUAUUAAUACCAAAUUUUCGCAUCAUCACCAGAGGAAUGACCCAGCAUCAUUAUUGGACAAUACCGGCAACUGGCAGGAUUCGCUAUCUGACAUUAACCUAGAUGACUUUACAUUACAGAAACAUAAAAGAAGUACAGCUCCCACGCGGAGUGCUGGUCACAGUGGUGCGGGACUGGACACAAGGAAAGAGGACAUUAGGACAGCGAUCAGUCAUUCCUUAGAACAUCAACUACAACAUCACCAGCGCCAACAACAGCAGCCUUAUACCCGAGGUAAGAAUAGUUCAAAGACACAUUCAGAACGUAUAUCAUCAGACACCACAGAUUAUCACCCACCUAGAAAAUCCAGUGCCGAAAGAACCAAGUCAGAACCAUCGAAAGCCAACAAGGAUAAUAAUAAUACAUCUACAAGCAACGUUGGACAGUUUGGAUUUUUCUUCAGAGGAGUUUCGGCGUCAAUGGGGCAGAGCACCUCCAAAGAACAGUCAACUCCAGCGCAGCAACAGCAGUCCCAUGUCCUCCCCCGAAAGUCAAAGGCUGAGAGAAUUUACCAAGACCAUCCGCCAGGGCGGUCUCAGAACGAGGUGUCUUCAAAUCAUGGCCAAUCGUCCGCAGGAAGAGGGGGUAUUAACCGACCAUUGUCACCACGUGAUUUCAAAGCCCGUCGUCCCACGUCCCCGAUACCCCUCUCUCCCGAACAUUCAAAAAACCGUAACUCGUCAGAUGGGUCGCAUUCCAAUAAAAAACUGUUAAAUAAGAAACCUGACCGACCUGUUGCCAAAGUACCGCCCCAUUUGCGGCAAGGUGUUCGGGUACUCCCAUCGGAACCCUCGUCGGGUAUAGACGACUUAAAGAAAUCCGGUAAUUCUGAAAGUUUUUCUUUCAAUGGAAAAUUCAUUUCGUCUGAUCGUAGACCGAGCAGUAGGUCAGGUGACAUCAAAGGAAUGCAUGAAAACAACUGGAAAUUUGGGCAAAGUAAUAACAGACAUAACGGAACCGGAAGUAACGAAAAAACACCACACCGCCAUGUUUUAGAAAGUCAGGAUUCAAGCAUGAGUGACAAACUUUUGCUUAGUCAAAAGAAAGAUGCAGAAAUUGCCUCUGCUUUAUCAAAUUUACAUUUUGAAUAUGAACCUGCAACACCUAUGGCGACCAGUGGAGAUUUCGAGCGCUCUUUAGGCUAUUUACCAUGAAGUAGCUAUUACGAAAAACCUGUGCAAUCUUAAUAGUACUGUAACCUCGAACUGAUCCAAUUAAUUAAAAAUGUGGAAAAGAGGCUUUUAAAGUCAGACAUGCUUACAUUUGGUGCCAGCACUGUAAUCUUUUUACCGGACAUUUAUUGAAAAGUCUCAAGCAAAGAUACUCUACUAGGUGUAUAGUUUCUAAGUCAUGCUCUUCAUCUCGACUUUGUUCUCUACUUCCAAGCAUACACUAUUAUUAAUGGUGCAUAUGGAAACGGAUUUACUUUUGGUAGGGUAUCCUUGCAUGUGCUUCUUUCAUUUUUAGAAAAGAACACAUGAUUCAGUAAUUUAACAAUGGGAUUUAACCUAAGAUUUAUCUUAUUAAACCAUUCUUGACAUUGAUUCAUGUGGCUUUAAAAUUUGACCAUCAUUGCUACAUUGCAUUAAGUAAGACAAAAAUAUUAUGCAUAUACUGCAUCCAUUGAAGAAUAAGGUAUAAGUUGUCAAAGAUGAAACUAUUUUCAUGCCAUUGCUGUAGUGACUGUCAUUGUGUCCUUAGACAUUUUACAAGGAAAUAUGAUGUAGUGCACAGUAUCGGCGUGCCGUACUUUUGCAAUCAAAAUGUAUACUUCACUGAGGUUUGACAGUCACCAAGCUGUGUGACGCUCUAUUAAAAGUAAAGAACAAAAACAACGCACUUAUGUUGUUGCUUUGAUAAUUAUAUUUGAUGCACAUUAUAAAAGUCAAAUAACUUUAAAUACUGCAACUAGCACGUGAUAAGAAGAUCUAACAAAAGAGUCUCCAAAAUUUUGUACAGCACCUCUAUAGCCCAGCUGUAGCCGGCAUUGCAGUUGUUCCUGCCUCACUCAAUCCACCCAGUCUGACGUAUGAAUAUACAAGCUUGGUUUGGCGUGUGACCUCAUUUAGAAUCUGACUGCACAAAUGUCCACUGCGAAAGGUCACAUUCUCAAACUGUGCUGUUUAUGGCGAUUUUAGAUCUUUUUGGUCAAAUAUAGGCCUAUUGUAACUUCUGUUGACCUUAUAACACAGAAAAGAUUAACUUUCAUGCUAUUUGUGUAACAAGGUUAAUUAGAUAACUUGGAUGAUCAUUUUAACUUGCGAAGUAUUUAAUAUUCUCGUCACCACCAUCCCACCCUCAACUCCAACCAAACCUUACAAUACAGAAAAAACAAAAUUGGUAAUCUUAUAUAAAGCAAGACUUCAUUCAAUU